AUGUCGCAAAAGUCAACAAAUGCAGCCGCAGCUGUGGAGCUGAACAUCUCCACCAGACGCUCGAGCACAAGCAAUGUGAGCAGUGAGAGUCGUUUCCUCAUCGCAUUGAUUGUGUAUGUGGCUUUGCUGCUGGACAAUGUGUUGCUGACCAUGAUAGUGCCCAUACUACCCGACUACUUGGCCAGCCUGGAUCGACCCGCAGAGGAGGUGUUAAACCAACAACUGACUUACCGCAGCGAAGAGCAGUCUCAAGCACAAUAUUAUAUGACCAAGCAUCCCAUACCAGGCAAGUCAAUGGUGAACUUUACGCUGCUGCAGCUAGCAACUGCAGCCACCGAACAGACAACCACAACAACAGCAACAGCAACAACAAUGGCCAGCGUGGUGCAACAUAGGCAGCCAGGUGGCACUAAUGCGAGCAACACAUCCUUAAAGCUGGAUGAUAGCUUAUUGUUGACACGCGAGAACAGCUCGAUUGGACUAUUGUUGGCCAUGAAAGCGUUGGUCCAAUUGAUUUUCAAUCCCAUUGUGGGCAAUCUUUCCAGCAAAUGUGGCUAUCGCCUUCCCAUUGUCAUAGGCACCUGUUUUCUGUUGUUCUCUUCGCUGUCCUUUGCUGUGGGCGAGUCCUACUGGUCUUUGCUGCUGGCGCGUUCUGUGCAGGGCAUUGGCUCUGCCUGCAUCGGAGUAUGUGGCAUGAGCUUGGUGGCGCAACAUUACGAGGAAGCACGACGCUCUAAGGUCAUGGGCAUUAUUCUUGGCAGCAUAGCGCUGGGCGUGUUGCUGGGCUAUCCCUUUGGCAGCAUACUUUACGAUCUUUGGGGUAAAUCAGCGCCCUUUAUAAUACUCUCCGUAGUGAUCUUUAUGUCGCUGGGUCUGCAACUGUUCACCAUGGACUUAAACGUGCAGCCAGCGUGUCUCGAGAUACAAGGAGAGCCGACCAAAUGGCGUACGCUGUUGGAGUCCAAAAUGAUCUUGGCCAUUGUUAUAGCCAUCUGGCUCUCCACCUCCACCAUGGCCAUAUUGGAGCCCUGUCUGCCCAUCUGGCUGAUCGUGCAGCAUCUGCAGCCCAACAAAUGGCAGCUGGGCACUGUCUUCAUACCAGAUUCUGUGGGCUAUUUUGUGGGCACCAACUUUUUUGGCGGCAUUGCCUAUCGCUAUGGACAGCUGAAGAUCACCUGCAUUAGUUUGCUCUUGGUGGGCAUUGCGGCCAUGUUAAUACCCAGUGCUACGACUAUAGCGCAGCUCUUGUUGCCUCACUUUGUUUUGGGCUUGGGUAUUGGAAUUAUUGAUGCUGCUUGUGUGCCGCUGUUAGCCAGUUUUGUGGAUGUAACUUUGGCGCAGGAGGAGAAUGGUGAGGCUAGCGGUUCCAGCUCCAGCUAUGGCACUGUUUACACUGUGCAGCAAACCUCAGUUAGUUUGGCCUAUUGCCUGGCACCUUUAAUUGGAGGCGAAUUGGCACAGAGCUUUGGCUUUGCCUGGCUUAUGCGUGUAAUUGGCAUUUGUAAUUUAAUUUACGGUCCCAUCUUGACCUAUCUAUACAAACGUUAUGAUCCUAAGCGUCUGGGGGAGAACCAAAAUGAUUUGCUUAUGCAAAGCAGUGGGCGUGGCUCGCGCUAUAAGCAACUUUAUAAUACUAUGGAUAUGGAAUAAGCGUCAAGCGCGCAUUUUAUACUUAAGCAAUAUAUUUCCCUUGACUUUAGUUUCAUGAAUGUA